AUGGCCGCCUUCCUUCAUUCGUCGGCGCGCGUUGUCAUGAUGGCCUUUAUGGCCCUCAUGCUGGCAGUCGUUUCUGCUCGGCCAGGUGCGAUGCGGACGUUACCGCGCUCCAUUCCCGUUCCAAGUGAAGAUCCGUUCUAUCAACCCCCUGCUGGCUUCGAGUCCAAGGCACCCGGGGCCAUUCUGCGGCAGCGUAACGUCAGCACCGCCUUCCUGGGCUUCAUUGAAGACCCGGUGACGGCGUACCAGUUGUUGUACCGCACGACGGCCAUCAAUGGCUCUGCCAUUGCCACGGUGACCACCAUUUUUGUACCUUCGUUCCCCAAGACGGAUCGUUUUGUCUCCUUCCACACGGCCUACGAUAGCUCGGCGACAAUCUGCAACCCUAGCUACAAUUACCGGCUGGGUGCCGAGCAGGCCGAUAUCAUUUCCUCGGCGGAGCAGUUGAUUCUCCAGAUGUACUUGCAAUUGGGCUACAUUACCGUCUCGCCCGACUAUGAAGGGCCCGAAGCAGCCUUUGGAGCGGGUCACUUGGCAGGAAUGGGUGUGCUGGACAGCAUGCGAGCCGUGUCUAACUUCAAGACGCUGGGCCUGUCCAGUGUCGAACCCAUGAUUGUUGGGCUGGGGUACUCGGGUGGUGCUAUUGCUACCGGUUGGGCCGCUUCUCUGCAUCCCACUUAUGCCCCCGAGUUGGAUAUCAAAGGUUGGAUCCAGGGUGGCACCCCUGCCAAUCUCACGGGCACCUUGUCCUUCAGUGACGACACCCCCUUCAGCGGGUUCAUGCUCCCUGCGAUUGUCGGCAUGUCAAUGCCCAGCGCCUACGGUGCCAAGCUCACCCCCAUCCUCAACCGCAUCUUGACCGACAAAGGCCGUAAGAUACUGGACACGGCCCGGACCACCUGUGGCGUCGAAGAAUUGCUCACCUACUCCGAUCUCUCCGUGUUGUCGACCGAUUUCCAGACCCUGGGCGACCGUAUGUUCUACGAACCGACCAUUCGAUCGGUCAUGAGCAAGAACAUGCUGGGCGUCAACAAGACGGAGACCCCCACGGCGCCGGUCUUUGUCUACCAUGCGACACAAGACGAGGUCAUCCCUUACUCCAACGCGUCGCUGAUGGUCGAUUCGUGGUGCCACAACGGGGCCAGCGUGAAAUUCACCUCGUUUGCAAACGGCGGCCACGCGACGACGGAGAUGAUUGCUCUGCCGGACGUGAUUGACUUUGUCAAGGCCGCCUUCGCCGGAACGACGGCGAGCGGCUGCACGAAGAAUACUGAGCUUGACAAUCUUCUCAACCCUCUGGCCUUGGGGGUUGAUCUGGAGCCGAUCCUGGUCAACCUGAUUCAGGUGCUUGCUCAUCUGGGGAAGCGGGAUUCGAAUGUCGAGCAGAACCUGGAGGUGCUCACGGAUGUUGUGACCGAAUGA